GGUUGGUGUUAUAUAUAAAUAUACACUUUCUUUUGAAAUUAAACACAAGAAGAAAUAAACAACUUCUUUCCUUUCUCUCACCCUAUAGUUUGUCUACCCUUAUUUUGCUUCAAACAUGAUCAAAGGUAGCGACGUGUAUGAUGUAGUGGCAGCCAUUGUGCCGCUCUAUGUGGCUUUGAUCUUAGCAUACGGCUCCGUCCGUUGGUGGAAGAUCUUCACCCCAGAACAGUGCCUUGGCAUAAACCGUUUUGUGUCUGUUUUUUCAGUGCCCUUCCUCUGUUUUCAUUUCAUAUCCAACAAUGACCCUUACACCAUGAACUUCAGGUUCUUAGCCGCGGACUCUCUUCAAAAGAUUGUGAUUUUGGUUGCACUUGUUCUGUGGAACUCUUUCACAAAGUGGGGUAGCCUUGACUGGACCAUCACACUGUUCUCACUCUCCACUCUCCCCAACACGCUCAUCGUGGGGAUUCCUCUUCUCAAAGCCAUGUACGGAGACUUCACUGCCACCCUCACGGUCCAAAUUGUGGUUUUUCAGAGUGUGAUUUGGUACACACUCUUGCGGUUCAUGUUUGAAUAUAGAGCGGCUAAGCUACUCAUUCUGGAGAAUUUCCCUGAUACAGCAGGUACUAUAUCCUCCUUUAGGGUUGAUUCACAUGUCGGUUCUCUGGGUGGUCGAGAGAUGCUAGAAACUAAUGCAGAAACCGGAGAAGAUGGGAAUGUUCACGUGGUGGUGAGGAGCAUGUCACGUUCUGUGUCCGUUGCAUCAAACCUCACUGGGAUUGAGAUCUAUUCAGAGGAGUCAUCUAGAGAACCAAAGCUGGGAAGAUCAAAUUUUAGUGUCACAGAUUUGCACCCACAUGGUCUGAAAAGAGAGAGGAUGUCGAAAAUUCAUGAAAAGAGUUUUCCAAGGAGCAAGAGCGUUGGUCAUCAUUUGGUUUCUCCGUAUCCGUUUCUGAAACCAACAGGGGACAAGGAGACAAACAGUAACAAGGGUUUGCACAUGUUUAUGUCAGCUUCACCAACUUCUGAUCCUAAUGUGAGACAUGCUGCGAAUAAUAGAGUUGGGUCUUACGAGUUUGAGACCAUGGAAUCUUCAAACGGUGUUGAUUUUGCAAGCGAAACUGGUUCAUCCAAAGUUGUGCCUGCAGAUGUUGAAAAUGAAGGUGUUGUAUUGAGGAAUCAGAUGAACGGCAACAGUGAAGGAGAUUCAAACAGAAGGAAAGAAAUGCCUCGUGCUAGUGUCAUGAUAAAGCUUAUUCUCACCAUGGUUUGGAGGAAUCUCAUAAGAAACCCUAAUACCUACGCAAGUGUUUUGGGUCUUGUUUGGUCUCUCAUAUUUUUUAGGUAUUUCGUCUGUCUCUUUCUACAUUGA